CCGCGCGGCCCCGCCCCGGCCCGGGCGCGCUGAGGGCGGAGGCGGCGGAGCGGCCGCGGGUGCCGGGGCUCUUGGCUGGGCCGCGCCGCUGCCCGUCCCGCCGCGCUCCGGCGGACACAGGAGCCAGAGCGGCGGACGCAGCGACCGCGCGAGGCAUGAACCGGGCUCAGCGCGGGGCCGCGGGCAGCCGCGGCCUGGGCACCAUGGAGGUGAAGAGCAAGUUUGGGGCAGAAUUUCGACGAUUUUCUCUGGAGAGAUCCAAACCUGGCAAGUUUGAGGAGUUCUAUGGGUUACUGCAGCACGUGCACAAGAUCCCAAACGUCGAUGUUCUGGUGGGAUACACGGACAUUCACGGAGACCUGCUGCCUAUCAAUAACGAUGACAAUUAUCACAAAGCAGUUUCUACAGCCAAUCCUCUCCUCAGGAUUUUCAUUCAGAGAAAAGAGGAUGCCGAUUACAGUGCCUUCGGGACGGAUACCAUGACGAGGAAGAAGAACGUCUUAUCCAACGUGCUACGUCCGGACAACCACAAGAAGAAGCCCCACAUUGUGAUUAGCAUGCCCCAGGACUUCAGGCCCGUGUCCUCCAUCAUAGACGUGGAUAUCCUGCCCGAGACCCACCGCAGGGUGCGGCUCUACAAGUACGGCACCGACAAACCGCUGGGCUUCUACAUCCGCGACGGCUCCAGCGUCAGGGUCACCCCGCACGGGCUGGAGAAGGUGCCCGGCAUUUUCAUAUCCAGGCUGGUGCCCGGGGGGCUGGCGCAGAGCACGGGGCUGCUGGCUGUCAACGACGAGGUGCUGGAGGUGAAUGGCAUAGAGGUGUCGGGAAAAAGCCUCGAUCAAGUUACAGACAUGAUGAUUGCCAACAGCCGCAACCUGAUCAUCACGGUCAGACCCGCCAACCAGAGGAACAACGUGGUGAGGAACAGUCGGACUUCGGGCAGCUCGGGCCAGUCCACCGAGUCCAGCCUCCCCAGCAGCACUCCAAACAUCCUGGGCAGUCUGCUGCAAGGAGAAGAGGAGAGCGAUGAGGAGGACAUUAUUAUUGAAGACAGUGGCGAGCCACAGCAGAUCCCAAAAGCUACGCCCGCCAGCGAAAGCAUAGAAUCCUUAUCACAAAUUGAACUCCUCCACGAGUCCACACAAAAUGGAUUCCUUCCUUCCAGUGAGAUGAACUUGAAUCACUCGACAGGCAGCAUUAGCAUGGAGUAUGAGGCCCCAGAGCCAGGGCGUAAGUCCUUAGAAGAAGAUGGAACUAUAAUAACACUAUGAAAUGACAUCGGUGUACUUUGUAUCAGUAAGGAUGCCAUACAUGUUUUAAUUGGGCUUAAUAUGUAACACACUUUAUACCUCUCCAUCUACCAAGCACUGCAGUUAGAUUAAAAGGAAGGAAAAAUGUAAAAUCAAGAAAUUCAAAAUUACAUAAGUUAACUAACUUCAUUAAUUCUGCACUUCAAUGUAAAUAAUUCACAAAGCUGGACAAUAAUUGAUAAAUAGCUGAAAUUGAAUGAUGAAAAUUUAAAUUGAAAAUGAAGGAUAGCUAAGAGAUGGCUGUGAGCUUUCUUUUAAAGGUACUUGAUUUUUGUUAUUUUUUUAUGCUGUAUACUACUGGUUCCAUAGAAGUAAACUUCCUUACGUGUGUAGCUGACUGUC